AGCAGUUUGACACAUGACAGUUGAUUGGUUAAUUGGAUUUUGUGGGUAUAAUAGUGCUAGAUUUUGGUUUAUUUUUUUGGUCGCGAUUUGUGUAUAUUGAAAAAUCCCAUCCAAUGGAGGCGAAUAGGAGCGAAGUGGACCGGUGCAUCGAGAUAGCCGAGAAAUACAUCAAAGAGAAGAACCGUGAGAAGGCAGAGAAGUUCCUACAGAAGGCAGAACGUCUCUUCCCCACGCAAAAGGCAAAAGAUCUUCUGCUGCAAAUCAAAUUCAUGGCUCCCACCUCCGAGCCAGAGAAGAAGGUGCCGAAGGCAUCUGCCAAACCGGAGAAGCCCUCACUGCCGGAGUACACUGCAGAUCAGAAGGAGGCUGUGCUGAAAAUUAAGAAAUGCAAAGACUAUUACGAGAUUCUUGGCAUCAGCAAGGAUGCUGCAGACUCUGACAUCAAAAAAGCGUACAAAAAGUUGGCUCUGCAAUUGCAUCCAGAUAAAAAUAAGUAUCCAGGUUCUGUGGAGGCUUUCAAAGCGAUUGGCAAUGCUAUGGCUGUGCUGACGGAUCCCGAGAAGAGGAAACAGUAUGAUUUGUAUGGACCGGAUGAGGAGAGGAUAAGCAGACAGUCCAGGAGCAGCUACACCACAACCAACAUGUAUACAAGGGGUUUUGAGGCUGACGCCACUCCGGAGGAGAUCUUCAACAUGUUCUUUGGGACAAGAGUCCCUAACCACAGAAGGGGAACCCAAUGGACUAGAGCUAACACACAGGAAACUCCUCACAGUCACAGAGGAGAAAAUAACCAAUCCGGAUAUUCCAUGCUUUUCCAAAUGUUACCUAUUUUGUUAGCCAUAUUACUCUCUAUGGCUUCAAGCAUAUUCAUCGCAGACCCUGCUUACAGUCUACAAGCUAGCGUUAAAUAUCCAAUUUUACGCAAGACCAGCAACUUGGGAGUCGAAUAUUACGUUAAGGAAACGUUCCACACGGACUAUCAAGGUUCUGUGAGACGACUCGAAGGAACUAUAGAGGAUGAGUUUAUGACGAACUUACGACAUGCCUGCUACAGAGAGAAGAACUACCGCGAAUCUAUGAUCUGGAAAGCUCGCAACUUUGGCGAUCGUGAACUCUACCAGAACGCUCAAAAUAUAAAGUUGCCAUCGUGCGAUAGACUGCACGAGAUCAGGAAUAUGGCAUAAGGAUGGACCUUUGUUGGAUGGUCGAAUGUUUUUACCUAUUAAAUAAAUUCUUCAUUGUUAUUUUAGAGGGUGUUGUUGUUGAUGUAUUACUAUUAUGUUGUAAUUUAAUUGUGAUUAGGUUUUUAUUUAUUUAUUAUAUACAGAGCGAGAUCUCACUCCGAUAGUCUUUCAAAUGAGUUCAUUCUGUUCGACGCAAAUUAUAAUUUCCCUUUUUGUAGGAGCAGACAGAUGCAGGAAGAAAUAUGUACCUUUAUACAUAAUGUUCACGUGUUCUACGAAGAACUAAUAAAGGAUUCAAAUACAA